AUAAAGAAUUGUAUGGGAACUACUUUUAUAAUAUCCUCCAAAGGACCCGAUUUUUUGAAAUUGUGCGAAGUAGAAAUCUUUACGUUCACCCAUUUUCAAAGAUCAUUGGUGGAAUAUCAAGGAGCUCAUAUCUUUAACUAUAAAAAUUUAUACCCAAAAAAAGAUUUGGAAAAAUUGCACGAUGGCUAUAUACUCUCCUAUGGGUUAAAGCCUAAUAUUCCUCCAGGAUGUGCCUUUUUCGGGAUAAUUAAGAGGAUGACUUAUUUUAAUAUUCAAUUGCCUGAGUUACCCGAUAACUAUGCUUGGGAAAUUUUUAAUGUAGCUAUACAAACAAAAAAGAUCGAAAAUAUGAUAGGUGACCAGAUCGUAACUCAACUACAAUGGGGCAUCAAUAAACUUUCAAGAACAAUGUGUAACAGAUAUACAAUCAUUUAUUUUCAACAACACAGUUACCUCUUUAUCAAUCUAAAUAAAAGGGAUAAAAGGCUCUAUGCUUUUGAAAAAGAAUAUUAUGCGACUAAAAAAGUAAAGGCAGCUGGUCAAAUGAUUUACACCGAAUGUCCAUAUCCAUACGCGAAAACGGUAUCGAUUAUUUACGAAAGAAAGGGGGAAAUGAAUAAAAAAGGGUUUGGGCUCUGCGAAAUUUUGAUAUCCGGAGAAAAGAUUUGUUAGUCC